AUGAAUUUAUUAUGUUAUUUAAUAUUUAUUUUGUCUAUUCAACGAAUAGUUGGAUCUGAUUUAGUUUUAAAUUCCUAUGCAGAUUUUCAUCUUCAAAACUGGACAAAUCCAUGUGAACCAAAUCCAUGUCGAGCUGGAACAUGUGAAAUUAUUUCAAAAAUAAAUUUUAAUUGUCAUUGUAUUUCGUAUGUUUAUGGUCAAUUAUGUGAAAAAUUAAAUUAUUCACAACAACCAUGUGACAGUAAUCCAUGUUAUAAUCAAGGUUUAUGUUCACCAAUAUCUCCAAGAGAUUCUCCAACAAAUAGUAGUUUUAUAUGUCUUUGUCCUCCACAACAUUCUGGAAAAUAUUGUCAAGAAAAUGUUGGUGAAUGUUCUUGUUUAAAUGGUGGAACUUGUUAUAAUAUAUCUUAUGAUGGAUAUAGAUGUUCAUGUCCGUCGAUGUUUACUGGUCCAGUUUGUGAACAUGAUUUUCGAAAUGAAACAUUUUGUAGUCAUUCUCCAUGUAAAAAUAAUGGUACAUGCAUUUUAAUUGAAUCAUCAGCUGGAGUUUGUUUAUGUCAACCUGGAUAUGUAGGAGAAUUAUGUGAAAAACAUGUUUCUUUUUGUCAUCAAAAUCCAUGUAGAAAUAAUGGUACAUGUGUUCCAUUGUCUGGCGUUGAUGGUCAAUGUCGCUGCCAACCAGGUUAUUCAGGUUCUCUGUGUGAACAAGUUCAAACAACAUUCUGCUCAAAUAAUCCUUGUCGAAACGGAUCAACUUGUAUUGUAUUAAAUCAUACAGGCGAUGGAUUUUGCUUAUGUUCAAACGAUUAUGCUGGACCUUAUUGUGAGUAUAUAACACCAACAGCGUGUAAAAAACGUUGUAAUAAAAACCAAGGAAAAUGUGCUCUAAUUGAUAAUAAAUAUGGCAGAUGCUUAUGCCCAAAAGAUGUUACAGGACCGUAUUGUGACAUACCACUUCAUUCUUGUGCACCAAAUCCUUGUGAAAAUAAUGGAAUAUGUAUGCAUGAAAUGUCAAGUCAAUCAUAUAAAUGUUUAUGUACAUUUGGAUAUUCAGGUGUAAAUUGUUCGGAAAAUUUAAAUAAAUCAUUUUGUUCAUCAAAUCCUUGUAUGAAUAAUGGAACAUGUCUUCAAUCACCAACAACUGCUGAUGGUAUAUGUCGAUGUCAAGAAGGUUUUUCAGGAAUAUUUUGUAAUGAAAUAGUUAAGUGUGGAAAUGAAAAAUGUCAAUAUCCAAAACAAGUUUGCUUAGCUGAAAGUUGUGUUAAUGUUACAGGUGAACUCUAUUGUCUUUUACAUGAAUGUCAACAUGGGGGAAAAUGUAAUCCUAUGACACGACAAUGUCAAUGUGAAAAAGGGUUUGCUGGUAUUAAAUGUGAGUUAAGAACAAUACUUUGUGAUCAAAUGAAUAAUGUCUGUCAAAAUAAUGGAACUUGUUUAUCAAUAGAAAAUCAUUGUGUUUGUACAAAUUUUUAUACUGGAAAAUAUUGUGAAAUUCUAAUCGAACAAAAUUGA